GCAUAGCUGGGAUCCGGGGGGGUCCCUGCUCUCCGAGGGGGAUGGAGGCGGCCGGGCAGUAACGUGUCAGCACCGGAGCAAAGGUUGGGCAGCGGUUUGGGGCUGGAGGGGGGUCAGUGCCCGCCCGGACGGGGGUCACUGACCCCCCCCGUUCCCCAGGGCUGCUGAUGGCGCUGGACGUGCCGCAGGAGCGGGGGCUGGGCCACCUGGACCAGCGGUACCUGGACGGGCUCGAGGUUUGUCGCUUUCCCCUCCUGCCCUUCCUGCAGCCCCUGCCCCUCGACUGGAUGUACCUGCUCUACACCGUCAUGUUCCUGGGGGCGCUGGGCAUCAUGUUGGGGUGCUGCUACCGGCUGAGCUGCGUCGCCUUCCUGUGCCCGUACUGGUACCUGUUCCUGCUGGACAAAACCUCCUGGAACAACCACUCCUACCUCUACGGGCUGCUGGGCUUCCAGCUGGCACUGCUGGGCGCAGACCGCUAUGGGUCCGUGGACGGGCUGUUCCGUCCCCGGAAGCGCAACGCCCACGUCCCGCUGUGGAACUACGCCCUGCUGCGUGCCCAGGUGUUCAUCGUGUACUUCAUCGCGGGGCUGAAGAAGCUGGACGGGGACUGGGUCGGGGGCUUCUCCAUGGGCUCCCUCGCCCGGCACUGGCUCUUCUCCCCCUUCAGGCUGGUGCUGUCGGAGGAGCUGACCAGCCUGCUGGUGGUGCACGGGGGGGGGCUGGUGCUCGACCUCUCUGCGGGUUUCCUGCUCUUCUUCGAUGCCACGCGGCCCCUCGCCCUCGUCUUCGUCACCUACUUCCACUGCAUGAACUCCCAGCUCUUCAGCAUUGGGAUGUUCUCCUACACCAUGCUGGCCACCAACGGCCUGUUCUGCCGGCCCGAGUGGCCGCGGGGGCUCGUGGCCCGGUGCCCCCUGUGGCUCAGGGGGGUCCUGCCCAGCACGAAGCCCCCCCAGCCCAGCCCCGACUGCCACUAGGGGGCCGGGGGGCGCGGGGGGGGCCUUCGGCCUCGCCAGCACUUGGCUGCAGCCUUCACCAUCCUCUACGUGCUGGAGCAGCUCUUCCUGCCCUACUCCCACUUCAUCACCCCGGGCUACAACAACUGGACCAACGGGCUCUAUGGCUACUCCUGGGACAUGAUGGUCCACUCCCGCUUCCACCAGCACGUCAAGAUCACCUACAGGGACGGGCUCACCGGGGAGGUGGGCUACCUGAAACCAGGGGUGUUCACGCAGAGCCGGCGCUGGCGGGACCACGCGGACAUGCUCAAACAAUACUCGUCGUGCCUGAGCCGCCUCCUGCCCCGGUACAACGUGAGCCAGCCCCGCAUCUACUUCGACGUCUGGGUGUCCAUCAACGAGCGCUUCCAGCAGCGACUCGUGGACCCCCGUGUGGACCUGGUACGCGCCCCCUGGUCCCCCUGGACCCCCACGCCGUGGCUGCUCCCGCUGCUGGUGGAUCUGUCGCCGUGGCGGCAGCGGCUGCAGGAGCUGGAGGCGCAGCUGGACGGACACACGGACACCGUGUUCAUCGCCGACUUCCCCGGCCUGCACCUGGAGAACUUUGUGAGCGAGGACCUGGGGAACACGAGCCUGCGGGUGCUGCGGGGGCAGGUGCUGGUGGAGCUGGUGGAGCAGCAGCAGAACCACUCGCUCCAGGAGGGCCAGGGGAUGCAGCUGCCAGCAGGGCAGUACCACAAGGUGCACACGGUGUCCCCGGAGCCCUCGUGUUACAUGUACCUGUACGUGAACACCACGGCCCUGGAGCUGGAGCGGAACCUGACGCGGCUGCGGGAGCUGCGGGACCGAGUGCGCAACGGCACCGAGCGGUCCCCGCUGCCCCCCGAGCUGCGGCCCAUCCUGGGGGAGCCACCCCCCGCGGGGGUCCCGCUGGACCCGCUGGUCUCGCUGUUCCUGCGGCGGGAGCAGCGGGAGCAGCGGCGGGAGCGGGAAUCCAGCCCGGCCCAGCGCCUGCGGCGCUUCCUCCGCAGGAAGUUCUUCCUCUUCCGCCGCAGCGCCCUGAUGACCCUGAUCGCCCUGCGGAACCUGGCGCUGGGCCGCCCGGACCCCGAGCGCCUGGCACAGGAGGUGGCCUUCGCCAGCUGGCGCGGAGAGGAGGAGGAGGGGGCUCGGACCGAGGGCGAGGGAGGAGCCCGGGGGGGGGCCCGAGCUCUGAGCACCCGCAAUAAACCCUGUUUUUUUUAAGC